AGUCGCUUAACGAAAUCGGAGCCAAGAUGAAGUACCUUGCUAUUGUUUGCUUACUGCUGGCCCUGCUAAACCACUGCAGGAGUUACAGCAGCUUCAGGGAUCGUGCCUGUAAAGAAAAGCCAGCAUUUAAUGGCGAUUUUUUAACGUGCGCUGGCAGCUUCACCAAGUUCAGUUACCAUCCUGAUCUUAAUAUGUGCAUUAAAUUCGACUACGGAGGCUGCUUCGGAAAUGACAACCGAUUUGAUACCAAGGAGGAGUGCGAACAAAAGUGCAAGAAAAAUAGCUAUUAUCCGACAUAUGGGCAUAGGCAGUAUUAUAAAAGUUAAUGUUUUAGAUACAUUUCCUGGACUUAAAUUGUUAAUAAUGCACCAGACCAAAAACUUGUAAGACCAUUUACAUAUUCACAUAAAUUGUCGCCCAGAGAUUUGCUUUUGUUAGUUUGACGAAUAAUAAACAUUUUUAAUGUUCCCAA